AUGGAGGACCGUAUAGCGAAAGCCCUGUUGCAUUACUACAAAGCGAGAGAGAUCCUGCUGCCACCUAGGGAGCCGGGCGAGCCGAUACCCUGGCAAUUAGUGAAAUUUUACAGGGACACAGUGAACGAAAUGGCCGAGGCGUUAAUUACGGAGAAAUUAGAGGAAGAAGAGCAAUUAGGGGAAGAAGCAGUAUCCGGGAGCUACGAGAGAGACGCUGCGAAGAAGAGUGGCAAGGCCAGGACGUUCGCGUCAAAGAGGAAAGCAAGGAGAGCAGGAAGAUCCGUUCAGCGAUCCUCUGCCAGAAAGGACAGCGUCCGUGGGUCCAGUCACCGUGGAAAAAGGAGCGAAAUCGUCAGCGACGUGUCUAGCAUGGAUUCCGAGGGCAAGGAUUGCGCUGACUUUUUAAUCUUGGACGAGACCCUGCUGGAUUCUGUCAACCUGCCAACGAACGAUCCCGAGGAAAUUCAGCGACUGCUCUUCUGUUACAUGGACAGCCUGCGUAACAGCUCGGAUUUCCGGAUUACGACGAGAGACCCGGUGAAAGAACUCUUGGAGAGUAUCGAGCGAAAAUCCGACACGUCGUACGAUCUUCCGGAUCCCUCGAAGCUCAAAAAAGAGAAGAGAGUCUGCGUUAUUUUCCACGGUGCCCCUUUCACCGAGUACCAAGAAGCUGCGUGCUGCAGCGCCAAGGCCUUAGAAAUUCCGGUCCUCAGCAUCGAUAAAGCGAUCUGGGAGGUGGUGGCGCUGGGCGCGAGUUCGUGCUCCAUCCAGCUGCGACAGAUCAUCGACGACGCUUAUGAUAGCUACAUGGAGGCUUUCGCGAAGCAGAAGCAGCGUUUGACAGAUCGAGACACCCUGGAGAGCGACGAGAUCGAGUUGCAGUUAACCAGAAGAUCAGGGACUUCGCGUAAAAGGAGAGGUUCUCCCAAAGACAGAUCUUCGAGGACGAAAGGAUCCUCGAAGAGCUCGAGGAAAAUAAAGACACCGAAAUCGGGUAAAAACGAAGACUCGCAAAAGGUAGCUAUCCUUCGACUUCGCGCGGAUGCUGAUCCGAUGGAGGAGCUGGAGAGGAUCCCGGCCAGCGAGAAGCUAGAGAUGCUGGACCCUUUGAGCAGAUACGAAUACAAGAUCCAAGCUCUUCUGUCGCUGGAGAGACUGGUCGAUCAUCGCGGAAUUGCCGGCUCGGCUAAAGACAGAGGAGACAGCAGCCCGAGAAAGAGGCAGGAAGCUUCGUUGCUUGGAAUUGCUCCUGAAUUAAUAGCGGAGGCUCUUCAAGAGAGAUUAUCCAUGGAGGACUUGAAACGGGGUUUUGUCGUGCAGAGCCUGGAUAGCAAUUUCCUGCGGAAUAACGCGCCCCGAGCUUUGCUUUCGCUAUUACAGAUCCUCGGCAAUAUCGAGUACCUUCUGUUCGUUACUUUCCUUAAUUCGAUGACCUGCUACGACAGCAAAGUCCGGCAGCUUCAAAGGGAAAUCGAGGAGAAAGCGAGCGAUUACUGCCAGAGGAUCCAGGACAUCGACCAGAUGUCGUCGUCCGAAUACGAUCAGCUUCCCGACGAGGAUAAGGAGAUGUAUCUGCACGCGAUUCUGCCGAUCAAAAGGGAAGAAGCAUCGCGAAAAGAAUCUGUUUCGGCUGAAGUUAGAGAAAUCGUGGCGGCCAUGAAUCGAUACUACACGGACCUUUCGUCGAUCGAGAACGUGAUCCACAAUUGGGACCCUGUUAAAAAGAUAAUGGAAGUACAUACGACGAAGUCUAGGGUGUCAAGAAGCGUAAGAUCUAAAGAUAUGGAUCCUCCAGACACGGUCCAAGACGUACCCCUAAAUAAUUUCCACCUGUGGUACGUAAGAUCCAGUGAUCCUUGGCAGGACACGAUGUACGACGUAGUGGUUUCCCAAAUGAAGGAAAAUCAAUUAGCAAAAUCCGCUCUCGCUCUUGAGAAAACACCAGAGCCUGACCUCGGACCCAAGCUUUACUCCGUGCUGAGAUGGAGAGCGAUGGAGAAGCGAGUUAGAAAAGUUUAUGGCGACGUAUAUCAAUUGGUUUCGCUGACACCGAUAACGGAAGUCUACUCCAUCAACGAAUCGAUCCACGUCAGCGAGCUGAGCGUUGCAGAGAAUCGAAGCAACGCUAGGAAAGGUUACAAUAGACGCAGACAGAAGUCGGGCAAGGUGGAGGAGCAAAAGUCAGCGAACAAGGAGAAUCGUUCGAUGAACGAGUCGUCGAUCGAGAGCAAAGACACGAACAAGGUUCCGUCGUUGGGAACUGUCCUGGAAGAACCCUUGAAGCCACGGUGGAUCCUGUUACCUGGCGAGAGCCAGAGGUUCAAGAUCCGCUUCCAACCGGAAGAGACGGGUCGCUACGAUGAAACGUACGCGUUGACGACCCUGGGCGGAGGCAAUCUCACCUAUGAAGUGAACGUGACCGGCAUCGCGGAUAUACCCAGGCUGGACAUGAACCCCGAAACGAUUUUUGCCAAAACUGCCCAGACUAAGCUGCACGAGACACACAGCUCCACGUACUUCUACGAUAAGGGGUUGUACGAUUUUGGGUCGCUUCUCCUUUUACGUAAGGAUAAAAGGCCGCAUCGUCGAGAGGUUCGGCUGAAGUUUUGCAACGUUUCCGAGCUGGAGGCGGAGGUUCUCUGCUCGCUGGAUGAAAACAGUUCCGAGUGCUUCUUCGUUCAACCCCAGCGGCUGCUUAUCGCUCGGGGUGACUGCGCCACUCUCGUGCUGUCCGCCAUUGCGACCAGACUGGGAUUUAUCCAGGGAAAAUUGUUCCUUUGCGUCACGAACAAUCCGAAAGUCGAGGUGAUCGAGUUACAGAGCGAAGGAACCAAAUUGGACAUCGAAUUGGACGAGAAAGAAGUAUCCUUUGGUCUCACUCUUCUCUAUCGAAUAGAAAAUCGAACACUGAGGAUCAGGAACAAAACCCCAGUGUCGCUUUUCUGGCAUCUAAGAGCGGAAGAACCCUCCGAUCCUCAAAUUACUUUCACUCCUCUUCGAGGGCUGAUAGAGACUCGCGAUAGUCAAGAAAUCGAGCUCAGAUACCACGCUACCAGGGUUGGCGUGGUCCAGAAAAAGGCGUUGAUCUUCGAGGCGUUCCUGGACGAGGACGACCAUGAUCCCAUCUUCACUGACGUCGUACUGCUAUCCGGAGAAACCUACGACGUUGCUGUGGACAUCAACAACGCGAGUCCUAUCGACUUGAAGAACAUAAGAGUGGACUUUCCUGCGAGUGCCAUUUUCAGCGUGAGAAAUCGCGGCGACUACGAGGUGAAAUACGUAAUUACAUUGCAAGACAAAGAGGAGCUGGAGAAAUUAAAUUUGCCUGCUAAUUUCAAGAAGAAUCUCCAAGUCCAACCAGCCACCGGGACUGUUGCGCCGAAUAAAGAAAGGAUCGUGGAAAUGACACUCAACGUGAAGACCGAGUUGACGCUGAAGGAAGCUCCGAUAUUGAAGUGUCAUUUGGUCGACACGCAAAAGGAAACUACGAUCAUUGCUGAGAUCCCUCUCAGCGUCUCUCUCGUCGCAUACUACACCAGGUUCCGGAUUAAUCCUUACCCUAUCAUCAACUUCGGAACACUACCCAUAUGCAGCGAGAAGACCAUGUACCUCAAUAUCGAGAAUAUCGGGAGCUUCCCGUUGCAUUACUCCAUCCAGCUACGAUACAGACACCCGUCCACUGUGUACAUGAGCCAAAUGUGGCCGGAAGAUCCGCAGAAGAGGCAGAACACGCCGGAAAAGGGGACCUCGAGGAAAGGGAGAUCUGUGAGGAGCAGCAAAACCGAGACCAAAGCUCGUCCGGAACCAGAAAUGCUAACGCUGGGACCGAUGACGAUAACGAAAAUGAAGGGCAACGUGGAGGUUGGCCAGACGGACAGCAUCGCCAUCAGUUGCUACCCGGAAUUCGUGGGUUCCCAAGAGGAGCAGAUCACCGUUGUCGUGGCCGACAGCGUUCCCGAAGACAGGGAUGGAAAGACGGUGACGUUAUCCGUGAACUCCGCCAUCCCCAGCAUCGAUUUUCAGGACCUGGACUCGAUAUUUCAGGAGAACCACGUGGUCGACGGGAUCCAAGACUUCGACUGUCCCAGAGACAUUGGACCACACACUGUGUUCGCCCGACGAGAGAAAUGCCUUCACUUCCGGUACGUCAACGUGCUGAGCACUCACGUAACCUGCUUCAAGCUGCACAACCGCGGGAUGGUACCUGCGAGCGUGGAAAUCCGCUUCUUGGACGAAGCUUUGAGGCCCAGUACUGCGAAGGAGAACACGUUCGUCGUGGAACCCGGGCGUGAACAGGUCCCUCCUAUGAGUCACAAGGUGUUCACCGUGUCUUUCACGCCACACGUCAUAGAGACGUUUCAAGGAGCGUUUCAAGCAACCGUGGUUUUGCCCCCGCAUCUGGAACCAGAGCAGCUAUUCAUCAAACUGAUAGGAGAAUCUUGCGUGCCGGAAGUGGCGAUUACAGAGCCAGCCCAUGGAGCACGGGAAAGACCUACUUUGAACUUUGUCCGUACAUUGAUCGACGAGAGCAGUUGCAGAUAUUUCACCGUGGAAAAUGUCGGAUUCAUUAAGGCGAAAGUCAUCAUCGAGAUCGACGAGGAUCUCAAUAACGUGUUCCUCUUAUCCGCCUGUUUGGACAUCCAGCAUUUGUUGCAAGCGUGGGAAGAAUACUGCGAUGAUCCACAAGACCGAUGCACCGCGGUUCGUCUGGCGAGCGGAAACGCGGCCCGGUUUAAGGUGAUCUUCAAUCCCAGGGAGACCGGGAAACACUGCGGGAAAAUUCGUUUACACGUGGUCGACAACCCCUACGAGAAUCUGACGAUCAAUCUGGAAGGCGAAUGUUACGUGGAGUCGAUCGUUCUGAAUGGCCUGCAGUCCGAGGACAAUAACCGUAAAGUCUCGGCCGGAAAUCGAGACGCUCACAGGUCACGGAGGUUCUCGUCCAAGCAGAACUCCCAGGCUUCAGCUUCUAGCAACUCCACGUUCCCGGUGUCUCUGACCUACAUCCUCGACUACGGGCUCUGUUUCGUUAGCAAAAUAUACAGGAAGACUUUCAAGAUUGUCAAUAAAUCCACGGAUCGGUGGUUCCGUUUCCAAUGGAGCGUGCAUCCCCAUGUUGUGUUCGUGCCAUCCAUUGGACACGUCAAGUAUCUCACGUGCAAAGAGAUCGUCGCUACCUUCCUGGCAUCGGAACCUACGAAUCACGAGAACAUUCGCAUCGAGUGCUUCGUGUGCGAAAUCCUGGUGGAGGACGUAACCGUCGAGUCAGCUUGGGAUGACAGGCAGACGGAAGUGCGUUGGGAGAGGAUACACCAUGACAUACCGGAACAAAUAAGCAACCUGGAGUUGCUGUCGAAGAAGAUCAUAGAACCGACCAUCGAGGCGAGGCACGAAGUUGUCCCCGGCACGAGCAAAUCGAUUCUGCUGUUGUUAAACGCCACUGUCGCAUUCUCGCGAUGCACCAGCACGGUGCAAGAAAUCUGUUUCAAGGAUACCUUGAUGUUCCAGAUCAGGGAGUACACGUUCCUGCUGGCGAAUCCUGGAACCGUAAACACGGUGUACGCCUGGAAGAUAAACAUGGACGAGCAGUACCCGAAGAGGCGCAUAGGAGACGCUUCAAACGUGACUUCUAGAUCGAGAUUCGCGGAGGAGUCUCGUUCUCGGCAGUAUUCGAGAUCGUCCAGGGGAAUUUUCUCCGCAACAAGUGAAACGCGUGGCAGAUGCCACGAGCAAGGGCAGAGGAGCGUUGAAGAGAGCUCGAACGUUUUGUCGCGACAAUGCUCGUCGUUCGAGUCCGAAAGCGGAGACGCGAAGGCAACCUCGAGCACCAAGCCAUCGGAUCUUUUCAGCAGCGCCGCCGCACUGUCGGGAAGGACCACCGAUAGUUGGCUGGAAGGCGACGAUUUGCCUUUCGUAAUCUACCCUGAGACGGGAACGAUACCACCCGGAGAAUCCAUGGAAUGUACAUUAAAAUUCUCUCCCAAGGAUGUAUUUUAUUACAAGGCAUACCUUGCGUGCAGGAUAGAAAACAUCGAACCGGGUCAACCGACCUUGACGAUCCCCGUGUCAGCGAGGAGCCUCCUGCCUUAUUGUCACUUCGACGUGCAGGAGAGCGACUAUGUAACCAGCAACCGACGGGACCCUUCUUUGCCAGGUCCCCUGGGAUACGAAAUAGACGACCCCGCUUUGUGGCAGAACAUUAGGGUAAUCGAAUUCAAGGUGGUCGGAGUUGGCGAGACCCACGUGAAAAAAUUCCACUUGAUCAACCCGACUAUGGACGAUUACCAUUUCUCGUGGACGAACCGAACGGUUCUUGGCACGGACGAGGUACCGAAUUUCCAGUGCACGGUGACCGAGGGCAUCGCUGAACGAGGGAAACGUACCGACUUGGCUUUCACGUUUUUGGCAGAGCAGGUCGGCGUCUUCGAAUCCUUCUGGCUCUUCUCCAUCAGCAGAUACAAUCUGGAGUGCCUCUUUCUGGUCGUCGGCGUCGUCGCCGAGCCCUCGGUGCACUGCCUCACGGUCCACGUGAAACUCAAGCCAACAAUCUUGGGAUUCAACGUGAGAGACUCGGCGAAGCUGCUGAACAACGAAGACUUUCAUAUACCCUUCAGAAUCGUGGAAGACUCCCUCUACUCGGAGGGUAAAUUUCAGAAACUCAGCGUGACCCCGAUGACUGGCUCUCUAGUGUCAAAGAGCGAGCAACAUUUCUGGGUCGAGUACCAUCCGACUCGGGUCGGUGAAUUCAACUUUUCCGUUCAGUGCGCCGUGAAGCUGAUGAAAAGCCCCCUUACCAUCUUCGUGACCGCCUGCGUUUACGACAUCGUGUCCUCGGUUUCGUACUGCAAGCCCAAUGACGAGGUUGUUCGAGCUUCCGAGAAUAAGGAGAAUGUCAUCGACCUGGGAAAGUUGAUGCCCGAGGUACCGGUCGCUGUCAAGUUCGACAUAACGAAUUCGUGCAAAGUGGCAUUUUAUUACACGUGGCAGCUCGGAAUGACGCCAGACAUUUCCUGCAGAAACGCGUACAGCUUGACGGUGUCUCAGAAGCAGGGUCAUGUGAUCAGCGACGAUCGAUCCACCUGUUAUCUGACCAUGACGACGUUCCAGAAGGUUACUAUAAAGGAUCACUGUGUUCUUCUGAAGAUCGCCAAUGGACCCACUUACAAAUUUAUACUGAAAGCUUUUUCCAAAAGACCCGCCAUCGAGUUCAGCUUCAAUCGACACGAUUUCGGGCUUUGUUACAUUCAAGAUAGCAAUUCAAUUUCCUAUCGCACAGAACUUCGCGUGACGAACUCGGACGAGGUACCCUUUGUAAUCGAAUGCAAAUUCGAGGAACUGCCGCAUCUCUCCGUCGACCUGAGCUCCACCUACGAGGCACUGGCUGCCGGUUCCUCCAUCGCUGUACCGAUCGUUUUUCGACCGCUCAGGGAGACCAGGUACAGCGAAUGCCUGAUGUUCGCGAUCAACUCGGUGAACGUGAAGAAGAUAACGAUUACGGGAGAGGGAAUCGGCUAUAAAGUCCGUUUAGCGAACCCUCGCGACAAAUCGGUCGACCUGGGCAGCAUUUCGGCUUCCAGGUGCGUGACGAAGAGGAUCCCAGUGGUGAACGAAGGCCUGGCACCUCUAGACCUCAGGUUCGGUCUCUUGAAGGACCUCAGCGGCUACGAGGAGCACCGCGAACGUCACGGACUCUGCGAUUUCCAAGUGGAAAACGCCAGCGAAAUGGCACGGGCUUCCAUCAUGGAGACCAAGCGUUCUUGGACCAACGAUGAGAGGCUGGAGACCGUAGAGUCGAAACUCUCGGACGUUCUGAGGAUCGAACCGUCGUCGAACGUUACUCUGAAACCGAAUAACAGGGUCAACGUGGUGGUUACGUUCAAACCAACGUCCAGGAUGAGGCCAUUUUCCGCCAAAGUGGCUCUGCAAACGUCCUCAACGAUUCUGCCCAUGUUUCUAGUACGUGGUAGCUGCGUUGGCGCGGAAUUCCACUUAAACAGGACCCACAUUCCCUUCGGUACCGUAGUUCAAGGCUGCGUGGAGGAAUCUAAAAUGAUCCUAAUGAACACUGGAGAUCUUGGCUCAAGGUUCAAGUGGAACACGUCGAAAUUGCCGAGAGAUUUCCAGAUCAGUCCUACGUCCGGCUACUGCUCGGCCGGUAUGGAUGUCAGUUUCGUGGUGAAGUUCCAACCCUCUGAGCAGCGAAGCUUAAUUGAGGGUGAGGCAACGAUAGAAAUCGAGAAGCACGAAUCGCUGAAGAUGAAAAUCACCGGAGCCUGCUGCAAGCUUCCGGAACCGAUCGAGACGAUUCGAUUCGAGUGCUUGGUACGAGGAAAGCAGACGAGAUCCGUGGUCAUUAUGAACGACUCGCACCUACCAUGGAAGCUGAAGGCCGAAGUAACCGGAAGUCACUUCUCCGUCAACGAAAUGUUGCAGGUGCCUCCGCAGCAACUCGCUUCUUGCAUAGUCACCUACUCGCCACUUGCCAUGAAUACCGAGAACACUCUGCAUACGGGAACACUUGUAUUGAAGUCUCAGGAUGAGAACUUGCACUUGCUGUAUUCCCUCCGUGGCAGAAGCUUGCCUCCAGAAGUUACGGCGAAAAUUAGUCGCCGAUUCCCCGCGAAAACCAAGUACACCGAACUUUUGCCUGUUCUGAACUGGCUGAACAGUCAACAGCGGUUCCAAUGCCAGAUCAAAUUGCUGCCAGCCAAGAGUGCACACGUGAAUCUCUUAUUUCCCUUCCUUCAACGACAGACUCCUCUGUAUAGUUUCGUGGGUAACGAGAGAUUCGACGUCCCUUCGAACAGUCAGAGAGACUACCGUGCAGUGUUUUAUUGCUACGAGAAGUGGAACUUCCAUUUUAAGGUGACGUUCACGAACGAGGAGGGCGAGUACCAAUUCUACGAGAUAGAGUACGAAGUAUCAGAACCGGAAGUGAUGGAGUCCAUCAAGCUGACUACCCCCGCGCGGUUUCAAAUUUGUCACGCCCUGAAAGUGGAAAACCCUUUGGAACAUGGAACGAUAACGUUUACAGCGGAGUGUUUUCAUCCAUUUGUCACCCUCAGCCAAGUGCCAAAAACCGUGAAACCAUUGUCGCACGAUUUCAUUUAUGUGCUGUACCAGCCAACGCUUCCACUGGAAGAAUCCGCCAUGUUGAUGGUUUAUGGCGAAAAGUUGGGUCGUUUCCUGUACGAGUUGCGAUUGAAAGCUACCCCUGCUCCUCCGCAUAAAAUUACGCGCGUUAAUGCGACUUUGGGAAACAGUCACGCGUUUUCUCUUCCUGUGAACAACCUUACCAAGAGAAACGCUAGAUUCCUGAUAGAAGUGGAUAGCGAGUGUUUCGCGUGUCCGGCAAGUAUUUUCGUGAGAGAAUCGAGCGAGGGUGUGAUCAACGUAAUUUACGAGCCGUACGACGUCGAAAAUGUCACUGCCAUGCUGAUAGCAUCUUCGGACACCGCUGGGGAAUUCGCGUUUCCAUUGGUCGGUUCCUGCACCCCGCCUAAGCCCACAGGUCCUUACGUAAUCACUCGAACCUCUUCGGCUAUUGUUCGCUUCAAAAACGUCUUCAGGGAAACGAAGACCUUCGGCUUCAUGGUGGACGUUCCUGAAACUUUCACGAUUGACACGGAAUCCGUCGUUUUAGAUCCUAAGCAGAGUAUCGGUGUUAAAGUUAGUAUUCGAGAGGAUGAACAAGACGAAGAGGAGUUCGAAGGGAAGUAUCCCGUUACCGGAAAGCUAAUGGUGUACUGUACUGACCCCGUUUUCUCUCACAUAAAUUGGGUGUACUACUUGAGAGCGGUCUUCGAAUAA